CAGACCUAAAAACAAUCAAAAUGUUCAAAUUGGUGGUGUUGUUCACUCUUGUAGCCGUAGCCACAGCCGUAGCUAAACCAGGAUACCUUGGUGGCCAUUUAGGAUACUCAGCUCCAAUCGUUCAUUCUGCUCCAUUGCCAGUAGCUGCUCACAGUGUUGCAUUCCCAGCUGCCGUCAGCAGCAUUUAUAGGAAAGAUAUCAUCAGCAAACCAAUCGUAACUUACACAGCUCCAAUUGUCCAGAAGACCAUCGUAGCUGCACCAGCUUUGGCCUACUCCGCCCCAAUUUCCUACGCUGCUCAUGUACCCUCUGUUCAUAGCUGGUAAAAA